GUCCCCACAUUGUUCGGGUUCCCUUCGUAAUCGACUUUGGUGAUCAUGGUCGGUUUCCGACAAUCGGUGUGCUCACUCCUUGGCUAUUUGUUCUUUCGACUAUCACCGCCAGGGUGCUACCACGACUUCAAGCAAGAUGUCCCCAAGUCAGUCGUUAUCGUUGGAGCGGGGAGCGCCGGACUGGCUAUGUUGAAAACCCUGUUGGCUCUCCCAGUCGAAAGUCGCUCGGAGUGGGAUAUUGUUCUAUACGAGCGACGCAGGGACGUCGGGGGAAUAUGGCUGCCAGAUCCAUCACCACCUCCUCCACCUAAGCUACCCGAAACUCCAUUGUAUCCGCUGCUGCAUGCUGACACCCCCGUCCCCAUCAUGACUUACCCCCACCUUCCGUUCCCACCUAGCACCCCUCUUUUUCCCUCACACGAAUAUAUAGAACGCUAUCACCAGGAUUAUGCGACCCACUAUGACCUCUGGCCAUAUAUCAAGUUUAACCAUUCUGUGCUGUCAUCAUCAUGGGUGGGAACACCACAUGCAGGGCAUUGGGAAAUCGUCGUCGAGGAUCAUAAUGGUGACCGGAUACAAAAAUCGUUCGAUCAUCUCGUCGCUGCAGUGGGGCUAAGCUAUGCGCCACAUAUGGUGAUAUUUCCGGGACAAGAAACAUGGCUAGAGAACACCAAAGGUGGACUGCAACGAGAAAUCUUUCAUUCGAUGUGGUAUCGCCACCCUAGUUGGUAUGUUAACCAGACCGUCGUAGUGGUCGGCGGAGGAGCAAGUGGAGUCGACGUCUCAUCUCAGGUGUCGCAGUAUGCCCGUAAAGUUUACCUUUCCGUUCGCAGUUCGCUACGGGGAGGGAUGCCAACGGGACCUGUGGAAAUGAAACCUGAGAUUUCACAUUUUACGUUGGAUGAGGUUAUUUUCACGGAUGGGUCGACAGUGCAAGACGUUGAUACAAUCAUACUGGCUACAGGCUAUGAUUUACGCGUGCCUUUCUUAGAAGAAGGUGGGGAAGUGAUCGUGAAGCCAGGGUCUAACGAAACAGACGAACAAAGGCUUACUACCAACCUGCGUUAUCUAUUCCCACUCCAUAAACACAUAUUUUCCCUGUCAGCAUCUUACCCAACGAACGCACUGGCGUUCAUCGGCCUCCCGGGAUCGCCUUUCCGCCUAUCUACGCGACCUUCGAUCAUUGUCAAUGGCAGCCUACUCGCGCCCCGGGCAGAGUUACUGAGCGAGCUUGCAGACAGCGAAGAAGACCUUCGGAGGCGAGGGUAUGAUCCCUAUUAUAUCGGACAUAAGAUGGUCGACAAUUCCGCGUUCGAUUAUCAAGAAGGUCUCAUCAAGACGUUGCGAUUGAAGGAGGGAUUGCCGAAGCAGAACAUCACUUUCCGAGGGUGGAAAAGGUUAGAGGCACUUGGACUAGCAGAGGAAUGGCUAGCAGGGGUUGAGAGUGAAGACGAGUGGGCGGAUCUUAUGAGACGAGUGAACGCAUGGCAGAGAGAUUGGGAGACGGUGCACCAUUUGGUAUUUCCAGAUGUCAUACUCGUAUAUUCAUGA